AUGACUGAUCACCUACUGAAAUUGGUUAAAUAUUCCAGUGUUGGUAUUGGGUUAUGGCCACUAAAACUUAAUGGCAUUAAACAGAAACUCUACAAUUUUUAUUUCUUCAUGGGAUUUGUGUAUUACAUCAUAUUCAACCUAAGUCAAGUAAUUCAAGGCAUUUCGGUAUUUGGAAAAGAUUUUGAAAAAACUGCUGCCAACUUUAGUGUCACUCUACCUUCUUCAGUUGUAGUUAGCAAGGUUUUAGUUGUAAUAUCACCUAAAAUAAAGGGUUUACUUGAAGAAAUGGAACGUAAGGAAAAUACCUAUUUAGCUGCUGAAGACGAAGCACUCAAACAGAUUUACCGAAAAUAUGCUAGCCACGCACGUAAAGCUUUCAUACUUUUAUUUGGUUGUUCUCUUGUGGGACUUUCUUUAUAUUUUACGACGCCUUUUUUUUUGGAAGAUGUCAACCUAAAACCAAAUGAAACCGUUGAUGGGCACUAUUUUAUCGUAUCGUCCUGGUUUCCGUUCGAUCAAAACCAGUAUUAUACCUUAGCCUAUUUAAUACAAUUUUUCGGUAUCGCCAUUGGUUUUACUUAUAUUUGCAACACCAUAGCCCUAUACUUCUGCAUGUUUAUUUUCUCGACCGCAGAGUUAAAAAUCCUCCAGCAUGUUUUAAAAAACUUUUCGUCAUACGCUAGGAGAUACGAACGCAUAUUCAACUUGUCAUAUGAAGAUGCACAGAGGUCCCUGGUAAGAAAUAUAAUUAUCGAACAUACAAGAAUCAUAAAAUUUGUGGAGGUGGUAAAUAAAUUAAUACAGUUGACCAUGCUGGCGGAUUUCCUCCUAUAUUCUCUUCAAAUGGCCUUUUUGGUUGUACAAAUGUUGAAUAAUGAAAUUCCUUUUUUGCUGAGAUGCGAGUCGUUUACUUAUUUUGUUGUAUCCAGUGUCCAACUCUUCUUAACGUAUUGGCAUGCACACUUGGUUUUCAUAGAGAGUCAAAACAUAGCUCAAGCAGCUUUCGAGUCAGAAUGGACCACUUAUGAGUUGGAUGUUAAAAAAAGCUUAAUUGUUUUAAUCCGUAGAGCUCAAAUACCUCUAUGUUUCUCUAUUGGACCCAUCUACAAGAUGAAAAUUGAUGCUUUGAUAGUGGUAACUAAUUGUGGAGCAAUUAGACAAAAGCAGAUAAAUCCAUUUGUGUAUUAUAUCAUAUUCAACCUAAGUGAAGUAAUUCAAGGCAUUUCGGUAUUUGGAAAAGAUUUUGAAAAAACUGCUGCCAACUUAAGUGUCACUCUACCUGCUACAGUUGUAGUUAGCAAGGUUUUAGUUGUAAUAUCACCUAAAAUAAAGGAUUUACUUGAAGAAAUGGAACGUAAGAAAAAUACCUAUUUAGCUGCUGAAGACGAAGCAGUCAAAUUGAUUUACCGAAAAUAUGCUAGCCACGCACAUAAAGCUGUCAUACUUUUAUUUGGUUGUUCUCUUGUGGGACUUUCUUUAUAUUAUACGACGCCUUUUUUUUUGGAAGAUCUCAACCUAAAACCAAAUGAAACCGUUGAUGGGCACUAUUUUAUCGUAUCGUCCUGGUUUCCGUUCGAUCAAAACCGGUAUUAUACGGUAGCUUAUUUAAUUCAAUUUUUCGGUAUCGCCAUUGGUUUUUCUUAUGUUUGCAACACCGUAGCCUUAUACUUCUGCAUGUUUAUUUUCUCGACCGCAGAGUUAAAAAUCCUCCAGCAUGUUUUAAAAAACUUUUCAUCCUACGCUAGGAGAUACGAACGCAUAUUCAACUUGUCAUAUGAAAAUGCACAGAGGGCUCUAGUAAGAAAUAUAAUUACCGAACAUACGAGAAGCAUAAAAUUUGUGGAGGAGGUAAAUAAAUUAAUACAGUUGAUCAUGCUGGCGGAUUUCCUCCUAUAUUCUCUUCAAAUGGCCUUUUUGGUUGUACAAAUGUUGAAUAAUGAAAUUCCUUUUUUGCUUAGAUGCGAGUCGUUUACUUAUUUUGUUAUAUCCACUGUCCAACUCUUCUUAACGUAUUGGCAUGCACACUUGGUUUUCAUAGAGAGUCAAAAUAUAGCUCAAGCAGCUUUCGAGUCAGAAUGGACCACUUAUGAGUUGGAUGUUAAAAAAAGCUUAAUUGUUUUAAUCCGUAGAGCUCAAAUACCUCUAUGUUUCUCUAUUGGACCCAUCUACAAGAUGAAAAUUGAUGCUUUGAUAGUGGUAACUAAUUGUGGAGCAAUUAGACAAAAGCAGAUAAAUCCGUUUUAA